AUGGCCCGUAGCCAAACGCCGCAAGGCAGCUUACGGCAAAGAAAUGUUGGCCCCAAAAGGACGGACUCGAACGACUCCGCCGCCCCUGAGGUAGAGCUUGACAAGCUUGCGAAGGCUGCGAUGAAGAAGAAUACGUCUACCUGCGAACGAGAUCACUGGGCCGCCUUCUCCUUGACAACCAUUCUGGCAUUCGUCACUAGAUUCUGGGGAAUUAGCCAUCCCAAUGAGGUGGUGUUUGACGAAGUCCACUUUGGCAAGUUCGCCUCAUACUAUCUUGAACGAACCUACUUCUUCGAUGUCCAUCCUCCCUUUGCCAAGCUUCUGUUCGCCUUCAUGGGCUGGUUGGUCGGUUACGAUGGUCACUUCCACUUCGAGAACAUUGGCGAUUCCUAUAUUGACAACAAGGUUCCUUAUGUGGCUUUCCGAGCACUUCCCGCCAUCUUGGGGGCCUUGACUGUGUCUGUUACGUAUCUCAUCAUGUGGGAAUCUGGUUACAGCGUUCCUGCUUGCAUCAUUGCCGCCGGGCUAGUCCUCUUUGACAACGCGCACAUUGGCCAGACCAGACUGAUUCUCCUCGAUGCCACUCUGGUUUUGGCAAUGGCGUGCAGUCUUCUCUUCUACAUCAAGUUUUACAAGCUCCGCCACGAACCGUUUAGCCGCAAGUGGUGGAAGUGGCUUAUCCUCACUGGCUUUGCCCUGUCCUGCGACAUGUCCACCAAGUACGUCGGUCUCUUUGCCUUCGUAACCAUCGGUGCCGCCGUCAUCAUUGAUCUAUGGGAUCUGCUCGAUAUCAAGCGCCCUGGUGGCGCCAUCAGCCUUCCUCGCUUUGGACAGCACUUUGCUGCUCGAGCUGUGGGCCUAAUUAUUCUUCCAUUCCUAUUUUACUUGUUCUGGUUCCAAGUCCACUUUGCUGUCUUGUCUAGAUCUGGUCCUGGUGAUGACUUCAUGUCACCCGAAUUCCAAGAGACAUUGAGUGACAACGUCAUGUUGGCAAACGCUGUUGACAUUCACUACUACGACACCAUCACGAUCAAGCACAAGGAGACCAAGGCCUACCUGCACAGUCAUACCGACCGCUACCCUCUACGCUAUGAUGAUGGUCGUGUUUCUAGUCAGGGUCAACAGGUCACUGGCUACCCUCAUAAUGACACCAACAACCAUUGGCAGAUUCUUCCCUCUAGUGACGACAAGCAAAUGGGCCGAAUUGUCCGAAACAACGAGGCGGUUCGAUUGAGGCACGUUGGUACCGACACCAUUCUCCUGUCGCACGAUGUAGCUUCUCCUUACUACCCUACCAACCAGGAGUUCACCUGUGUGUCUCAAGAAGAUGCUUAUGGCUCUCGAAUCAACGACACCCUGUUCGAGAUCCGAAUUGAAAACGGCAAGGAUGAGCAGGAGUUCAAGACCAUCGCCAGCUAUUUCAAACUCAUUCACUUCCCCAGCAAAGUUGCCAUGUGGACUCACGCCAAGCCGCUUCCCGACUGGGGUUCCCGUCAGCAGGAAAUCAACGGCAACAAGCAGAUAGCUCCUAGCUCCAACAUCUGGCUGGUCGAGGACAUUGCCACUCUCCCCGCUGACGAUGCCCGCCGACAGAAGCCCGAGCGCCAAGUCAAGACGCUUCCCUUCUUGCGCAAGUGGUUCGAGCUGCAGAGAUCCAUGUUCUACCACAACAGCAAGCUGACCAGUAGCCACCCUUAUGCCAGCCACCCGUAUCAGUGGCCGUUCCUGUUGCGUGGUGUCAGCUUCUGGACUCAGAAUGACACCCGUCAGCAAAUCUACUUUGUCGGUAACCCCAUUGGUUGGUGGCUCGCGAGCAGUUUGUUGGCUGUCUAUUUGGGUAUUAUUCUCGCAGACCAGAUUUCUCUUCGCCGAGGCAUCGAUGCUUUGGAUCACCGUACCCGCUCCCGCUUGUACAAUUCUACUGGUUUCUUCUGGGUCGCAUGGGCUACGCAUUAUUUCCCCUUCUACGUAAUGGGUCGUCAGCUGUUCUUGCACCACUAUUUGCCAGCCCAUCUUGCCUCGUGCUUAGUCGCUGGUGCCCUCGUCGAGUUCGUGUUCAAUGCGGAACCAGCGGAUGAGCCAAAGCCUAGAAAGAGCCCCAAGAAGCACCUUACGGCCCGCGAGAGAUUUGCCGGCCAGAGCAUGAUGGGAGCCUGGAUCGCCAGUGGCGUCGUGCUGGCUGUCGUCCUUGCCGGCUGGUGGUUCUUCCUCCCACUGACAUACGGCUAUCCUGGCCUGUCAGUUGAGCAGGUUGUCCGAAGGAAGUGGCUCGGAUACGAUCUGCACUUUGCAAAAUAA